AUGGCUUCCUCCACCGCUCAAAUCAACGUCCUCGGCACUGCGCCUGGCUCUUCAUUCAAGAGGCCCAAUUUCACAACCCCGAGGACGGUGUUUUUGGGCCAGAGGCUAGGCCAAACGACGCCGUUGAAGGGCUUUAUGAGCCUGAGAUCCAGCGGCGUUCGAAGGGUUGGGCCGCUACGCAUAGUCAACGAGAAAGUUGUGGGUAUCGAUUUGGGGACGACUAACUCAGCUGUUGGGGCUAUGGAGGGUGGGAAGCCCACCAUAGUGACUAACGCUGAGGGUCAGAGGACGACGCCGUCCGUGGUGGCGUAUACGAAGAACGGAGAUAGGCUUGUGGGGCAGAUUGCCAAACGACAAGCCGUUGUGAACCCGGAGAACACCUUCUUCUCGGUGAAGAGGUUCAUUGGGAGGAAGAUGUCUGAGGUGGACGAGGAGUCUAAGCAGGUGUCGUACAAAGUUGUUAGGGAUGAAAAUGGGAAUGUUAAGCUUGAUUGUCCUGCUAUUGGGAAACAGUUUGCCGCUGAAGAAAUUUCAGCUCAGGUUUUGAGGAAGCUUGUGGAUGAUGCUUCAAAGUUUCUGAAUGAUAAAGUCACUAAAGCAGUGGUCACUGUGCCUGCUUACUUCAAUGAUUCUCAAAGGACUGCUACAAAAGAUGCCGGUCGUAUUGCUGGUUUGGAAGUUCUUAGGAUCAUAAAUGAGCCCACUGCUGCCUCAUUAGCAUAUGGAUUUGACAGGAAGAACAAUGAAACUAUCUUGGUAUUUGACCUUGGAGGUGGUACUUUUGAUGUCUCAGUACUGGAGGUUGGUGAUGGUGUGUUUGAAGUGCUAUCUACUUCUGGAGAUACACAUUUGGGUGGUGAUGAUUUCGAUAAGAGGGUUGUUGACUGGCUUGCUGCAGACUUCAAAAGAAAUGAAGGAAUAGAUCUGUUGAAGGAUAAACAAGCUCUUCAGCGGCUGACAGAGACAGCUGAGAAAGCCAAGAUGGAGUUGUCAUCUUUGACUCAGGCUAACAUUAGUCUGCCUUUCAUUACUGCGACUGCUGAUGGCCCCAAGCACAUUGAGACAACCCUUACAAGGGCCAAGUUUGAGGAGUUGUGCUCAGAUCUGCUUGACAGGCUUCGAACACCUGUUGAAACCUCCUUGAGGGAUGCAAAACUCGCCUGGAAAGAUAUAGAUGAGGUGAUACUUGUUGGUGGUUCAACACGUAUACCAGCUGUGCAGGAGCUUGUAAGGAAGGUGACAGGGAAGGAACCAAAUGUUACAGUUAAUCCUGAUGAAGUUGUUGCCUUAGGGGCUGCAGUUCAGGCUGGUGUAUUAGCUGGUGAUGUCAGUGACAUUGUGCUCUUGGAUGUGACUCCACUGUCAUUGGGUUUGGAGACCCUUGGUGGGGUCAUGACAAAGAUCAUCCCAAGAAACACAACUCUACCUACCUCUAAGUCAGAGGUGUUCUCAACAGCUGCAGAUGGACAGACAAGUGUGGAGAUUAAUGUACUUCAAGGGGAAAGAGAAUUUGUUAGAGAUAACAAAUCUCUUGGGAGCUUCCGUUUGGAUGGUAUCCCGCCUGCGCCACGCGGGGUUCCUCAAAUUGAAGUCAAAUUUGACAUUGAUGCCAACGGUAUUCUCUCGGUUGCUGCUGUGGAUAAGGGCACAGGGAAGAAGCAAGACAUCACAAUUACUGGUGCCAGCACCUUGCCUAGUGAUGAGGUGGAGAGGAUGGUUAGUGAAGCCGAGCGGUUUGCAAAGGAGGACAAGGAGAAGAGAGAGGCGAUUGACACAAAGAACCAGGCUGAUUCUGUUGUCUACCAGACUGAGAAGCAGCUGAAAGAGCUGGGAGACAAGGUUCCAGCCGAAGUUAAAGAGAAGGUUGAGGCAAAACUUGGAGAGCUCAAGGAGUCAGUUGCCGGGGGUUCAACUCAAGCAAUAAAAGAUGCCAUCGCUGCCCUUAACCAGGAAGUAAUGCAGCUUGGCCAGUCUCUUUACAACCAGCCUGGCGCUCCCGGUGCUGGUGCUGGUGCAGGGCCAACUCCACCUGGUGCCGAAGCUGGUGGACCUUCAGAAUCAUCGUCCGGCAAGGGACCUGAUGGAGAUGUUAUUGAUGCAGAUUUCACCGACAGCAAGUGA